AUGGGGAGGCGGAAGCAGGAGAACGCCAAGGACCUGCCGCGGGGCGACCGGUUCCGAUUCUGCGGGGAUUUAGACUGCCCCGAUUGGGUGCUUGCCGAAAUCAGCACUUUGUCCAAAAUGUCUAGUGUAAAGAUGAAACUCCUUUGUGCGCAAGUACUGAAGGGUCUGCUCGGGGAGGGCAUUGAUUAUGAUAAAGUCACAAAGCUUACAGCUGAUGCAAAGUUUGAUAGUGGAGACAUCAAAGCCAGCGUGGCUGUCCUUAACUUCAUUUUGUCCAGCGCUGCAAAGCAUGAUGUCGAUAGUGAAUCUCUGUCCAGUGAGCUGCAGCAGCUAGGACUGCCUAAAGAACACACAAUGGGGCUGUGCAAAUCGUAUGAAGAUAAGCACUCUGCAGUGCAGGACAAACUGAGAGAGAUGAGUUUAAGAUUGGGUAGACUGGAGGCUGUGUCGUGGCGUGUAGACUACAUUGUGAGCUCCAGCGAGAUGAAGGAGGUCAACGAAGCGACCGUUCAGCUAAAGAUACAGAACGAAGAAGCCGGGUCGGGCACCUCGCAAAGCACUCUCGUCUCGCUCUCUGCCGACAAGUUCAGAGUCUUGCUUUCAGAACUCAAGCAAGCCCAGGCUAUGAUGAACGCUUUGUAA